AUGCCUCUGGAAGUGGUGGUGGAGUUGCAGAUCCGGGCGAUUUCCUGCCCAGGGGUGUUCCUUCCUGACAAGCAAGAUGUGUACCUUGGGGUUUAUCUCCUGAAUCAGUACCUGGAGACAAACUGCUUUCCCUCUGUGUUCCCUAUUAUGAUUCAGCAGAGGAUGAGAUUUCAAAAGUUAUUUGAAAAUGCAAUAGAUCCUGGAGCUGUAGCAGACAUUUUAGAAAGUAUUUUAACCAGGUUUGAAUUAAUACAGCUAGUGCCUCCAGUGUGGGAAGAGUUGGCCUACUAUGAAGAAAACACACGGGAAUUUCUUUUUCCUGAGCCCAAGCUGACACCUUCAAUCCCUGGCAUAGGUAGGGAGGUGCUCAUGAAAACGGCUGCAGGUUUUCCAGGUAUUGCUCCAAAAAUAGAGUUUUCUACAAGGACAGCCAUCAGAGAAUGUGUGUUUCUGCAUAGAAACAGAUUUUUUGAAGAAAUAUUUAAGUCACGAAGGCCUUUAUUUACAUCAUAUGGACCAACAUUCCCCUUAAAAAAUAAACAUAUGAAGCGAAGAGAAAUUAAUCUCAACAGAUUGCCCCAAUGCGUACAAUUCUGGGAGCCCUGUCCAUAUUCUACCAGACGUUUCUUCCAGGACCAACCAGCUCAACUGAACCUUGGAAAUAAUUUCAGAAUCCCUGGAGAAAGCAAACCUCCAUUUGUAGUUAGACAUGUGGACAGUGCAAAGCCCUUUGGUGAGGACAUUUCAGAGCAUUAUUCCCGGAAGUCUAGAAGAAAAUCUAAGUUUCCAAACUUUCCCUUUCCCAUGAGAAGAGCUUCUUCUCUUGACAGCCUUGCAGCUAACGUAAAGGUUAUCAAAGAGCCAGAUGAACGGAUUUUUUUAAGGCAUCAAUCACCAUCACCGUUGUGUCCGAGAAAGUUUAGAAAGCCCUCGCCCAGUUACAGUAACCAAGGGGAUGAGGAUUUCCACCUGGGAACUUCAUUCUCCACCUCCCGGCACUCCAGGUCUCCCAGCCCUCCUCUGGAUCAGUGCCUGCUCCGAGGAAGGUUCCACCCUGGAUCUCAGUCCACAGGGAAGAAGAUCCAUGAAAGGGUAUGCAAUCUUCUGACAUCGCACAGAGCUCGGCAACACCUAAACAAGGAAGAUUUUAUCUCUGACGUAAAUUAUACCCUUGAAAGACCAAGCUACCCUCUGAAGAACUACCCAGUGCAUGCACAGAGAUAUUUUUAAGCUGAUGUCUUAUUCCCACCUGUAGGGGAAGCUGAAAGAACGCUGGAGGAGCAUCAUGAAGAACUCCCUCAUCCAGACAACUGGCACGUCCUUAGGGAAACGAACAACAAUUGUUUGUUAUGUGUAUGGAGUUGCUGGUCUCUAAUCCCCUUUAAAUCAAACCCUGUACUCAAUCUUUUGUACCCAGCUAAGAGUCGUUGAUUAAAGUCUUCGUCGUUUGGGGCUCAGA